AUGUUUGCCCAAUUCAGGGAUCUGGCGCUCCUGGGCGCCAUCCUGGGCCUCUCCAUUACACCCCUUUGCGCCGCCGACGACCUCAGCGACACACCUAUUUCGCAACUUGUUGCUUCGGCGAAGGCGGCACGCGCCAAGGGCUCAACGAAUGAAGCUCUGCAAUACUUUGACGCGGCUAUCAAGAAAGAUUCGUCAGAUUAUCUCACAAUAUUCCAGCGUGGCGCAACCUACUUGUCCGCGGGUAGACAUUCGCAAGCAAAGUCUGAUUUCGACGCUGUGUUAAACCUCAAGCCCGGUUUUGAAGGCGCGCUGCUACAGAGGGCCAAGAUCCAAGCCCGCAACGCCGAGUGGGAGCCCGCGAAGAAAGACUACAGAGAUGCUGGCGCAAAAGGUGCGGAAGAAUUAGUCCAGGUAGAGGAGGCAGAGGGUGCAUCAUAUAUUGCUUUUGAGGCCGAGAAGAACAAAGACUGGGAGUCGUGUGUCAAUAAUGCCGGUGUUGCCAUUAUGACCGCGGCGGGCGCCCUACAGUUGCGACAGUUGAGAUCCCGGUGUCGAUUCGAGAUGGGCGAAAUUGAAAUGGGCAUCAGCGACCUGCAGCACGUCCUACAGAUUCAACCGUCGCUCUUGGACCCGUACGCCCAGAUGUCGAGCAUGCAGUUCUACAGCCUUGGGCAGACUGAGAAUGCUCUGACACAGGUGAAGAGGUGUUUACAGUCUGAUGCCGACUAUAAGCCUUGCAAGACACUCUUCAGAGAAGAAAAGGUUUUGGCGAAGGCGUUGAAGCGGGUUGACGAACUCAUGGAGGGUCGAAAGUUCAAUCAAGCCACCAAGGAGCUCACAGGAUCGACACCAGACACCGAGCCCGGCCUACUCUCUGAGAUCAAGAACAAUUUUGCCGCGCACCGCGAGGCAGGCUACAUCCAUCAUACCGCAUCUUCUGGUCUGUACAGCAUCUAUCUCGAAAAGACCUGUGAGGCGUAUCUAGGCAUGAACAAUCAUCGCAAGGCCGCCCCGUACUGCAAGGAAGCCCUUCAAUUGGAUCAGCAUUCGCUGCAUGGUCUACUACAUCAAGCACAAGCUCAUCUCGAGGCCGAAAACUUCGAAGCCGCCAUAUCGUCCCUCAAUACGGCCAAAGAACACCAUCCUUCGCAUGCACAAACCCUCCAGCAGAAAAUUCAGGAAGCUCAACUCGAACUCAAGAAAUCCAAACAGAAAGACUACUACAAGAUCCUCGGUGUCGACCGCUCCGCUAGCGAGCGUGAGAUCAACAAGGCUUAUCGUACAGCGGCCAAGAUGUACCACCCGGACAAGGCGGUCACCAAAGGCAUUUCCAAGGAAGAUGCAGAGAAGAAAAUGGCCGCGGUCAACGAGGCAUAUGAGGUUCUGUCAGACCCGGAGCUGAAGCAAAGAUUCGAUAAUGGUGAUGAUCCCAAUGAUCCAAUGGCCAGACAGGGCGGCAAUCCGUUCGAGGGAGGUACGCCAUUCGGCUUUCCCAUGGGCGGCGGCCAGCAAUUUGUCUUCCAGCAAGGCGGUGGAGGAGGAAAGCGCAGCUUCAAGUUCCAGACUGGCGGUCAAGGUGGCGGCGGCGGAAUGCCGUUUGGCUUUCCCUUUGGUUGA